AGAUUGGAAUCCGAAUUCACGGUCCAACCCCGCAAAUUCCUCGGGUGAAAAUGGUGCGUCCCACAACGCCAAAGCACGCCUCCAAUGCUGAAGUCUCGACUUCCAUGCUCCUCUUGCUCCUCCUCCUGUUCUUCCCCUCGUUCGCGAUGCCGGUCUCCGCUGCCCCUUGCAGCGAGCCCGUGAAGCCCACCGCCCCGCUCGUCUCCUUCCUCCAGCGCCUCCAGUCCGCCGCUUUCGCGACCCUCGGCCCCGACGGCUUCGACCCCAAGCUCUACGUCGACAUCCCCCUCAAGACCGACCUCGCCGCCACCGAAGAGGCCUUCGCGAGGCUCCCGCGGCCGGGAGGUGUGAUCCCGGUCUCGGAUUUGGAGAGGUUUCUAGGAGACUAUUUUGGGAAGGCCGGGUCGGAUUUGGUGCAUGCGGAACCAGCGGAUUUCGUGGCGGAGCCGGAGGGGUUCUUGCCGAAGGUGGAGAACCCGAAGGUGCGGGCCUGGGCACUGGAGGUGCACUCUCUGUGGAAGAAUUUGAGCAGAAGGGUGUCGGAUGAGGUGAGGGAGAGGCCGGAGCAGCACACGUUGCUGCCGUUGCCCUGGCCGGUGGUGGUGCCGGGCUCCCGAUUUAGAGAGGUUUAUUACUGGGAUUCCUACUGGAUUAUAAGGGGCUUACUAGCAAGCAAAAUGUAUGAUACUGCAAAGUCCAUAGUGAAUAAUCUAAUUUCGCUCAUUGAAAUUUAUGGCUAUGUGCUGAAUGGUGCAAGGACACACUAUAGUAAUCGAAGCCAACCUCCACUUCUUAGUUCAAUGGUAUUUGAAAUAUACAUGAGAACUGGUGAUUUGGCAUUUGUGAAGAAAUCACUCCCUUCAUUGCUGAAAGAGCAUAGCUUUUGGAAUUCAGCUAUACACAAAGUAAUCAUUCAAGAUCUCCAAGGAUGCAAACACUCUGUUAGUCACUAUUAUGCAAUGUGGAACAAACCCAGGCCAGAAAGUGCAACAAUUGAUGAGGAAUCAGCUUCUAAUCUUACAACUGCUUCUCAGAAAGAAAAUUUUUACCGCCAAGUUGCUUCAACAGCUGAAUCUGGAUGGGACUUCAGUUCUCGCUGGAUGAGUAAUUCAUCUGACCUCACAACAUUAGCAACAACAUCAAUCAUACCUGUGGACCUGAACGCAUUCAUAUACAAGAUGGAACUUGACAUUGCCUUCUUUGCGAAGCUCAUUGGGGAUAAUUCAACCUCAGAGAAAUUCUUGGCAGCUUCAAAAGCACGACAGGCAGCAAUAAAGUCCAUUUUCUGGAACUCAGAAAUGGAACAAUGGCUUGACUACUGGCUUAUCAGUAAGAGCAACUGUGAGGAAGUUUACCAGUGGGAAGCUCACUAUCAGAACCGUAAUAUUUUUGCAUCCAACUUCAUUCCUUUGUGGAUUGAGACAUACAACACAGAUUUAUGUAAAGAUGGGACAAUGGUAGAGAAAGUGCUGAAAAGCCUCCAAAGCUCGGGUCUACUUCAUGUUGCUGGUAUUGCAACUUCAUUGUCAAAUACUGGGCAACAAUGGGAUUUUCCAAAUGGUUGGGCGCCCUUACAACAUAUGAUUGUGGAAGGAUUGACAAAGUCUGGUUCAAAAGAAGCAAAGUCUGUGGCCGAGGAUAUUGCUAUAAGGUGGAUCAGAACAAAUUAUGCUGCUUAUAUGAAAACUGGUGCAAUGCAUGAAAAAUAUGAUGUAGAAGCCUGUGGAAAGAUUGGAGGUGGCGGCGAGUACAAACCUCAGACUGGUUUUGGUUGGUCAAAUGGUGUGGUGCUGGCGUUUUUGGAAGAGUUUGGGUGGCCUCGUGACAGGGAAAUAGAGUGCCAGUAAGAGAGAAGAAACUGUGUAGCAGCUAUAGUAUAUUUGAGCAAAUUCAAGGGAAAGGGAGGUCAGCACCCAAUUUAUUAAAGAAAAGAGAGAAUGCAUAAAAGGGACAGAAAAACAAAACAACAGAAAGAUGAACCCCUCAGGAACAAAGCAACAGACACAACAAAGAGAUUCCUAAUCCAAUCCCCCAACUUAGCAACACCCCGCUUUCGGCUGCAGAUGAGACCGGUCGUUGGACACUCAUAAACUAUAGCCGAAGGCCAGGUCUUACAAGGAGGAUUUGUUGACUAAAUGGUCAUCUCUCUUUCAAGGUGGACCAAAGGACCAUCAGCCCGGCGAGAGCCUGACGAAGAUCUUGAGGGAUCUUUUAAGCAUCUCCAUGCAGUCCAUGAGGCAGGUGGACGCAGUAUCAUAGUAUGUGGAAGGCAUUUCCUAAGAGCAUUGUAAAUUAUGACAUAUGAAUAUUGAAAAGACUAUGCUUUCGUGUCUUCUACUUAUACAUAAUUGUAUAAAAGAUGUUAUUUUUUAUUAGAUUAUCAUCCUUUUUUUCUUAA